ACAUGAGAGAUUAGAAUUAAAUUGUUGAUUACGGCUUCAAUGAGGAAAAGAGUCCGACUUACAGAACCCAAGGAUGAGUUUGAUCCAGAAGAUUACAUAAGUUUAUUGCCGGAUGAUAUUCUUGUUUCUAUAUUAUCCCGUUUAACGCUCAAAGAAGCUGCUGUCACGAGCAAUUUAUCGAGGAGAUGGCGGUAUUUAUGGACUAAUGUAACCGGAUUGGAUUUCGACGCGAACGAAACGCUCGACAGCAUCGCUGCGAACCCGAAAUUACGAAGUUCCGAGAGGCCGAAAUACAUCAAUUGGGUGAACCGUGUGGUGAGGCAGCAUAAAGGCCCCACAUUGAACUCCGUUCGUAUAUGUUUCGAUUUGGACAAGACCUCGAAAUGCGCUAUAGACAAUUGGGUUAAGUUCGCCGUUGCAAAGAGAGCUCAAAGGCUUGAGCUGGACUUGUUGGAAAACGGGGAGAUUCUUCGUCAGCCGAUGCGUAACUAUACUUUUCCGUAUAAACAUUUUAGUCAAUGCAAGUCUUCAAGAACGCAGUCGAGUAUAUCUAUAGGUUUGAAAUGCCUCAAAUCUCUCUCGUUGAAAUGCGUGAACGUGAACGUGGGUUUCGUCUUGUCCAGCUGUCCAGCUCUGCAGUACUUGUCAAUACACGGCUCGGGGGAUUUGACUAAUGUUAAAGUCAGCGGAUCGUCACUCGUGUUGAAGUACUUAGAGAUAGUCUUUUGUCUUGGAAUAGACACAAUUGAAAUCACUAAUGUGAAUCUUGUCUCGUUUAGUUACUUGGGCCCCACGAUUAAACUAAUUAUCAGUGAUGUUCCUAUGCUUGACGAGAUCUCGAUCGGAGAGGGAUAUUCUGGAUUGGAGAACAAUGUUUUUGGCCAGCUUUCGUGUUGUCUUAAUCAAUUAGAGGUUCUUACAUUGGAUAUAUAUCGCCCCGAGGAAAAUAUAAAGGUUUUUGCAUUUCCCGAAUUUCCGAAUCUCAAGCAGCUAAUUCUGAAAGUUGGAGCGUGGGAUGAUGACAGUCUCCUCGAAUUCACUUCCCUGAUAAAGGCUUGCCCUAUUUUGAACAGAUUUGUGUUGCAGUUAAUAUGGAUGUCACCGACAAAAAGAAGAAGAAAAAUAAAGCAAGCUGCGAAAUGUAGGCACGAAACCCUGAAAUUGGUGGAGCUAGUGGGGUAUUUUGGGCGUACGAGUGAUGUUGAACUGGCAAUGUACUUUAUCGAAAAUGCAGUCGCUCUUCAGAAGAUUAUAGUUGACCCUCGUAACCAAAUUCUGGAGAGAUCGCCAUUGAGGAUCGAACAAAUCAGGAAAGAGGAAUUUGCUAGAAAAAGGGCAAAGCACCAGCUCGGAUCGAAGAAGCCUCCAGGUGUCCAAUUGAUCAUCCUUUAAACGCGAAAACAAACAUGUCUGUUAUUUAAUUUGUAAUUUCUGUGGAUGAGGAAGAAGAUGAAGCUAAAGGAAAACGCAUACCGGGCUCGAGUACUAAAGGAAAGAAUGUCAUGUUAGAGAGAAGGUUAGCUUAUAAGGGAACUUAUACAUAAUACCACCCUGUAUUCUACACAUUUGAAUUCCCGAACGAGGGGUUUUGUUGUUUCUUGCUAAUGAAAUUGUUAGUGACAUUACGGUUUAAGCCGUCACCGACAUUGCGAGAUCGGCUUUUUUUUAAUAUUUUUUUCGUUCCAA